UUUUUGUUUCGUCGGGCAGUUCGCAAUUCGCCACCUAAUUGUGUCCGUUUCUUUUGCCCGCUGUAUGAUUAAAUUUACACUCAGGCGUACUGCAACAACCGGCUAGUCCACAGGACUCAACACAGCUCGCUUCUCUGCUCCAUCUCUGCCCGUCCUGCUCCCUCUCGCUCGCUCGCACACAAUCAAAUAUUGGAGCAAACUUUUUGGACCGUCUCCCAGCAGCUUGGCCGCUUCACAGUUGCAACUUGCGGUGAUGAAUGUUUGAUAGAGCAGUCCGGUGUGUUCGUGUACGUGCCGCGGGAAGAAAACCCAUUCGUUCCGCCCAUCCCAACACGAGGCGCGAGCGCAAGCGAUAAGCGAUGCCACCGACCAGCCCGGGCACGGCCAAGAGCUUACCCAAACAAACCAUUACAUUACAUUAUUAAAUCGCUGCCCACCGUCGGUCGCGGACGUACCCGCGGGUCCCGAGCUUGCCAGACGAAGCGAACGGAUUGCCUGGCUGACAUCCCAAGUUGCCCGUUGUGAUUCUGGCCACGCGCGCGCCCGUCCGCCAGCGAUAGUUCUGUGAUGGCGGUGCAGAUAGAGAGCAGUGCAGAGGGCUGGGGACAGUGAGUAGCAGCAUCGUCUCUUAGCUAACCGUAACGAAGAGAGCGGUACGGGAUCGGAUUGGCAAAAACGGUGCAAAUCAACGCUCCAAAUUCAGCGCUCCGUAUCCGUGCCAUGUCACAGGAGAAAGCUAAGAAGUUCGGACCGUUAAGAGAGUGAAAGUGGUGUUCUUAAAUCAUUCAUUACGCGCAAACAAAGCCACGUAGAGUCAACGACACUGUGGGACGCGAACGAGUGCUACCGUGGAGCAUUCAGACAUCGAAAUCAUCUGAGCUGUGCUGCAUCAAAAACGUUAUAGUGUUUGUACCGUUGCCCCAUCCAGUUGGGGUGGGAAGAGAAGGGACGACACGCGAGUGCUUCUGUGAGGGGGUCGAACGGGCCGGUCCCGACCAAUCGGCCCGGCGCUGUGCUGUGUGCUGCUAAUCGAUCGAUAAUGACAAAAUAACAGCCGACCGAACGAAGUGCACGAAGACCACCGGAACACAGGCUAAGGUCAAGGGCUGCGUACGUCGAGAUUACGCGCCAGCGAACAUAACUGGCAAAACAACACGGAACCGUCUCUCGCUGCGUGGUACCGUCAGUAUUCGCCGAGAAGGGGCGACCAUCGGGCGACACUGUGACACUCGCUGUGUGCGUGUGUGUGUGUGUGGUGCAGCAUACCUUUACCGGUCUCCAAAAGAGUGAUAAUGUGCUCCCGCCGAAGCAGUCGAGCGUCCUGCGGGACAUCUUCGACGCCUUGGGUCCUGGGCGUUGUUACCCUCACACUGCUGACGCUCGCCCCCACCCGAAGCCUUUGCAGUGUAGCACCACAUCCGGCCACUAGCACCAUUAGCAGCGUUGCCAGUUCCAGUGUCGCAUCGAGCAGCUCCACCGCCCCCGUUCCGGACGCUACGACCGCACGGCCGACGGUCAGCGCACGCCAGGAUGCGGGCCCGACCGAACAGCCAACCCUGCCACCCGAAGGUCAGAUACCGCUGGAACGAUUGCCCUCCAACACGCUGCUCAAGUACACCGCCUACAAGGACGUCUCGAUACUGCACUUUCGCAUACCGACCGACACCCGGACGGCCUUCUUUAGCUUUAAGGCGUACGAGGAAUCCAAAGGUGCCUUCCAGCGCAACUGCAAACCGAACGAUAUUACGCUGCACCUGAAAGCGGGAAGCUAUCCGGUCAUCAGUCCGGAAAAUAUCACAUUUCCCAAACACUUUCUGGACGCCGAGGAGCGGUUCGAAAUCCACAGCCUACAGUUCAAGUCGGACAGCACGACGAGGCGGCUAAGCAUUGAGGGACCCCAUCCGGGCAACUGGUUCGCCGUGGCAUUCAUCAGCUGGACCGACCCGAACAACGAGCGGAUAGAGCAGCAAGGUCUGGCGGCAUCCUGCGAAACACUGCUCAUGUCCGAGAUGGCGGUCGUGAGCGCCCGGCCCCAGCUGCUGAACGUGGACGUCCGGUACGAGGGUACGCUGGCGGCCGAUCAGCCGGAACCGCGGUCGUUCAAGUUCUUCGUGCCGCACAACGUGUCGAUCGUCACCUGGCGGCUGUCCAUCGCGCAGCCCUGCUUCAACUGUACGGACGUGAGCUUCCACGUGCAGGCGAGCGCCCUGCCCACGGCGCGCAACUAUCUGCAGAACGCGCUCAUCUGCCCGAACCAGACGGGGGACGUCAGCAUCGAUUUCUAUCCGCACGAGGGCGCCUGGCACUACGUGGAUAUGGACUUUGCGCGUGAAACGUUGCCCACCGCCAUCGGUGCGAUCGUGGCCCCUGGCUACCGGACACCGAACGAGACGACCGAGCCGGAGGAAAGGAAGCAGCAACCGGCGGCACCCACCACCGCCGGUGCACCCGAGGCGCAAAUGGUCGCGUACACGGUCGAGCUUAUCUAUCACGAUACGUACGAUGCAGGGGUAGGAUCGACUGCUGCUGCUGCUGCUGCUACUCCAACGACUCCGUCCACCGAAGAUCCAACGCCUGCCGACGCGAGUGGCGACGCAGCGGAGGACAGUGCGGAGGGUCCCGCGGCCGACACCAAAUCGCUGCCGAACCGAAGCUUCGAUCGCUACCCGGUGCUGCGCCAAACGUACCGCGAGUUCUUCAUGUUCGACUACGACCUGCUGCCGGACGUGAACGGGACGGUGCCGGUGACGCUUAACCUGACCGCCGGCGUGCCGGCACUGAUGAAGUUCGACGUGAACGAUGUGUACGACAUUGGCGGGACGCUUAGCUUUGCCGUUGCGAUGCGGCAGGAUCUCAAGGGCAGCCUGAUCGACGCGCGCCACGAAUCGACCAACGAGCAUGCGAGCGUGGUGGCGGAGAAGCUGGUCGACGUGCAGGAAGAGUUUGUGCCGGAGGUGGAUCUGAUGACGACAACGACGACGACGACGACCACCACGACCACCACCACCACAACGUCCAGUACUACCACGAGCACCACGCCAUCGAGCGCUGGUGAGGCGGGCAAGGGCAAGACAGCGCCUGCCGGCAAAGCAAAUCAAACGGUGAUCGUGUGCCUGCGCCUGGAGGAACCGGGCAUACCGACCUGGCCGGACAAGUGUGUGUACGGCCGGCACAUCUACCCGGCCGCCAUCGUCAUCAACAACACGGACGCGGACACGAACACGGGCCUGGUGCACGUGCCGUUUCCCGAGCCGGGCAGCUGGUACGUCACGCUCGGCCUGUUCUGCCACGGCACGGAGGCGACCGCCCGCUCCACCAUCAUCGACAGCGUGAAAGACUUCGUGCGCUCCUACCGAGCGACACUGGCGGCGAUGCGCGCCCCAUGCUCGUGCGCCGAUCGGCUCAGCUACUAUCGCGGCUGUCUCGCGGACGACGGCUGCCUGCAGGCGCUCAACGAAACGGAAACGCUCAAGAUCAAGGAGUGCAUCAUGGACGCCAAGUGUACCGGCGGCCGGUCGGACGAGAUGGCGCGCAAGUUCGAGCAGCACCACAAGUACGCAACGGAGCAGAGCGUGCAGGGUGGCGUCGCGGACAGCACCUGCAACUCGAGCGUCGUCUUCACCAUCUCGUCCAGCCCGUGCGUGGCGGGGCGCUGCGGGCGGUUCGGCCGCUGCUACCACUACAUGUCGGGCGGGUUCGUGUUUUCCACCUGCCUCUGUCUGCGCAACUAUCGCGGCUGGGACUGUACGGAGGAUUCGCAGGUACCGUCCAGUGCCUCGAUCCUGCUCGCCUCGCUCAUGCUGACGCUGUCCAAUCUGCUGUUUCUGCCGAGCAUCUUUUACGCGGUCAAGCGCGGCUACCACAGCGAAGCGAUCAUCUACUUCUUCGCGAUGUUCUUCUCCGCGUUCUAUCACGCGUGCGAUUCGGGCGAGGAAGAGUUUAGCUUCUGUCUGGUGAAGAUCGGCGUGCUGCAGUUUUGCGACUUCUACUGCGGGCUGCUCGCGAUCUGGGUGACGCUGAUCGCGAUGUCCAACAUCCGGCACCAGCUGGUGUCGCUGCUGCACAUGCUCGGCGCGAUCCUGCUCGCGUUCGGCACCGAGCUGAACAAGCAGUCGCUGUGGGUGUUUCUGGCGCCCGCCCUCACCGGCAUCUGUCUCAUCUCGGUCAGCUGGGGGCUGCGGUGCCGCAAGACGAAGCGCUGCUUCCCGGCCCGCAGCUACCUGGCCCUCUACCUGCCGAUCGGCAGCGUGCUGGUGAUGGUGGGCCUGGUCUGCUUCGCCUUUCUGCAGACCAAGCAGAACUAUCACAUCGUCCACUCGAUCUGGCACAUGGUGAUGGCGCUCAGCAUUCUCUGCCUGCUGCCGGACCGCAAAACGUUCCACCCGAAGUGCUAGCAUACGGUGCGCAUCUACCUGCUCAACUCGGGCUCACCCUCCACCUCCACCCAGUCGUCGUCCGGCUCGAUGUCGACGUCCUCGACGACGUCCUCCUGCUCGACCGUGGCGGCGGUGGCCGCCAACACCACUACCAGCUCCGUCGCCACCACCGCCACCUCCACCACGGCUGUGAUAUCCCAGGCGUCUCCGGUGGCAGCGCCCUGCACGGUGGCCACGAUCACGGACGGGCAGGGUGCGAUCGUACACCGCGAACGGGCGGCACCGGGACACGAAGGGCCACUGGAAGCUCUAGCGCCAUAAACGGCCCGCUCGCUCAACCUUCUGCACCUUUCCCCCACGGUCACACGCCCUGCACAGGCCAGUAGUAGUAGUUAGAGAGUAACACCGAGCACCACCACAACCCGAUCGAUGUUGAUGUCCUGCACCCCCCCCCCCCUCCUUCUCAAAUUGUGGCCGCAGAUACUAGUUAGAUGGAUUAGCUCAAUGAACAGCGUGGGGGGGGGGGGGGGAACGAAACGACUCAGGACUUCCUGGUCCAGAACGCCCCUCCUUCCCGGUGUCUUCUCGAUAUGAUGUGUGUGUGUGUGUGUGAUUUGUUAUCUCGUGUCUCUGUCUGCAUAGGUCUAUGGAUGUACGUGUAGGUGUAUGUGUGUAUGUAUGUGUGUAUGUGUGCGUAUCUGUGCUUGAAAGACUAAAGGGCACUUCCGGCGUAGGGCCCUGCGGUGGAUGUGUUUUAGAGCUCGUCCGUGUCGUCCAUAUUCCGGCAUAUGGUUGGCGCGAUGGUUGCGGCACUUUCGUCCCAUUUCCUCAAUCGAAUGCUGUAGAACGGAGGAGAGAAACUAUUGGUAGAGAUCGAUUACACUAGGAGAAAAAGGAGGACAUGUUCUAAUACUCACACUGCACACACAUAAGAAACGCCAUAUAGAUAUAUAUUUGAGGGUGCCAGAUUUACACCGUUCGAUCGACCAUUGUUUGAUAAAUUCAUACGUGCCUUGCUGUUGUAGUGGAAGCGGAACCCGAGCAAAAAGAGAACAAAAAAAGCAACAACCCUCCCCGACCAGACAGUUGCAGUUGCGUCAAGUUCGAAACUCACCCCGGAAACAGUGAGCAUUCACAACGGAUGGGGGGACACAGCGGGGAUGAACAGGGCUGCUGGCGGGAUAUAGUGCGAAGGGACGAGGGUUUUGUGAAGCUUUUACUCCUUCAACUUUCUCGUGUCGUGUUGUUGUUGUUGUUGUUGUGCACAGCCCAAUCUGCGCGGGUGUUUUUGUAUUUCCUCUUUGCGUUGCAACCUAACGAUACGAUGCACAACCGUUUUUUCACUCCCCUACACACUCACACACACACACACACACACACUCCAAAACACAGUCACCAAAUAUCCGGUUUUUUGCACCACUCACUGUUAGGGAACGAACGCGAAGAGGCAGAAACUAAACCUACAAACAAGAGAGAUAAGAAUUAUUGUAAAAAAACAUUGCAAAAACCAAACGAAGAAGCGGAUUAAUUAAUGUAACUUUACUCCGUAGUAGUGCGCCGGUAGAGAGAGGAACUAGAGAAAGAGAGUAAGAUUAUAAUUACUAUUUACCACAACAGCCAUCCCCUGGCGAACGUAAGAACGAAAAAAGUGAAACCAACUCUUAAACAUUUUACACGUCCAAAAGCAAAUGAAAUAGAUGUUUGAUACCAAAAAAAUAAAAAAUAAAAAAUAAAAACAAAAGCUCAAAUAACCCUAAACCAGAGCAAAGUAGUUAGAGUACGCGCGCAACUGCAAGCAACUUCUUAUCACAGCAACAACAAACACAACAACUCUUUUUGUCGCACGGUAUCGUACACUUAUAUGUUUGUUUGUUUUUGUAUACGUAAUAGAGGCAAACUGGCUAAGGCAAUGCACAUCACUUCAAUGUAUGGCACCGCAAACGGUUGUAAGAAAGCCCUUUGCGCAAGAGAGAACAGGAUAGGCACGCGGAACGCGCAUAACUAGCAUGUACAACAUGCCAAUAGGAACACAUUUAAGAUCAGCAUUAGGCAGUGCUGUGGAAGUACACACCGGUUCUCAUUUACUGCAAGAAAAAAAAAGACAGACUUUGAUGGCAUAUUUUUCUACCACUGUAAUACGACUACUACCACAAGCGUAAUCGAACAUUGUUACCAAGCGCGCGGACAGGUGGGAUUAUGAAUCCGCACCGGUUUUCUUGUAUAAACGAACUAUUAUUUUCUUUUAUCUUAAUAAAAAAAGUACGAACUUUCGUCCGAGAGCAAAAUGAAAA